AUGUGUGAACAAGAAUGCAAGCACGAAGACACCAUGUGCAACGUGCCAUAUCGAAGUGCUGUCGGAGGCAUCAUGUAUCUCAUGGUCGCCACACGUCCGGAUCUAGCUGCUGCAGUGGGAUCAUUAUCCCAGUUCUCGUCCGACCCAUGCCCGACUCACUGGCAAGCUUUGAAGCGUGUGCUGAGAUACCUGCAAGCAACGCCCAAUCAUGGUCUUGAGUUUACACGUGAAGAAGGAAGCCGUAUCUGCGGGUACACCGACGCAGACUGGGCCGGCGACAUUGAGUCAAGACGAAGUACAAGCGGCUAUGUGUUCAUGGUGAGCGGAGGAUGCAUCAGCUGGAAAAGCCAGAAACAACGGACGGUCGCGCUAUCUUCAACAGAAGCAGAAUACAUGGCGCUUUCCGAAGCAACCAAAGAAGCAGUAUGGCUCAAAGUGCUUUUGGGGGAACUUGGUGAGAUGACAAGCGACGAAGCGAUCAAGAUGUAUGAAGACAACCAAGGAUCAAUCGCUCUCGCCAAGAACCCGGAGUUCCAUAAGAGAACAAAACACAUCGACAUACGCUACCAUUUUGUGCGUGAGAAGGUGGAAUCAGGUGAAGUCGUUUUGGAGUAUUGCCCGACUCAAGAUAUGCUGGCAGACAUGAUGACCAAGCCGAUCGCCGCUGUACAAUUUGAAAACAUUCGCGAUCGACUUGGGAUCCAAGGUGCCGCAGCUAACGAGUCGAGAGGGAGUGUUGAAAAGACAGCGGCUGUAAAGAAGACACCUCGUCAAGCUGCGUCAAGUGUUGAAGCAAGUGGAAGACCAAGCCUCGCUAUACCGGUGGGUACCGGUAUGUACCAGUAA